AUGCUGUUCCUGCCACUGCUGCUGCUGCUGGCCUGGGCACCUGCUCGCCCCGCCAGGCCCACUGAAGACACCCGGGACCAGGCCCUGAAGAAGCUGCUGGAGGUCUUUGGCAUCGAGGACCCUCCUCGCACCCCCCUGUACUUCAAGGAGCCCCCCCAGUACAUGGUGGACCUCUACAACUCUGUGGCUGGGGCCGAUGGGGUCACCAAGGACCCCGACCUCUUGGAAGGCAACACCGUGCGCAGCUUCCUGGACCGGACUCACAGUGACCAGACGCACCUGCAGUUCCUCCUCUCCAGCGUGGCCAAGAACGAGCUUGUGCUGACGGCCGAGCUGCACCUAUUCAAGCUGCGGGGCAGGAUGCCUGAGGGGGCCCUCCUCCAGAGGCAGCACUUUUGCCAGGUAAGCAUUUAUCAGGUGCUGGACAAGGAGACCCCGGAGGCCCCCGAGGGGAAGAAGCUGCUCUCGGCGCGGCUGCUGGCCCUGCACGGCUUUGGCUGGGAGGUCUUCCCCAUUACGCAGGCGGUCCGUGACUGGGUGGCAGAAGAGAACAGCAACCAGGGUUUGCUGGUGAUGGUGCAGGGCCUCGGCAGGGCGCCCCUGGACUCUGGCGCCGUGCAGUUUGCCAUGGGCAGGGAUCAUCAUGCCAGCAAGAAGCCCAUGCUGGUCUUGUUCACAGACGACGGGCGGCGGGUGGCCACGCUACCCAGUGGCUUGCUCGGUGAGGAUGCAGGAAGCAGCUCCUUCGAGCGGGGCAGGAGGGCUGAGGGCAGAACCAUGCGCCUUGACCGGAUUGCUGGCGAUGGGGCCAGCAAGGGCAGAGCCUGGACCCUUUUCGGGCACAGCUCAGCGUGGCUUCCAAGGAGCUUCUUCUCAGGGCAGCAAAGGUCCCUGUUUCGCUCUGGGAAACGGCUGGGGUCCCAGCAGGCUUGUGCGCCGUGCAAGAGGGAGCCCUGUUACUCUACAGGAGCUGAAGUGCAGAAGCUAAGCCCGGCCUCGCGGCAGGUGCAGAAGGGCCGAGGGCCAGACGGGGACGUGAGUGCCUUCUCUGCCUCUUUCCACCCCGCAGAUUUGCCCCUCCACAGCGCUGCCCUUCCUGAGCCCGCCUUCAACCGGAGCCGGGCCCCUCGCUCAGCGGAGAUCCCCCUGCCCUGCCAGCGGCACUCGCUCUCAGUGGACUUUGAGGAGAUCGGCUGGUCCGGCUGGAUCAUCUCCCCCCGCGGCUACAACGCCUACCACUGCAAGGGCUCCUGCCCGUUCCCGCUGGGCGAGAGCAUGCGGCCGACCAACCACGCCACCGUCCAGUCCAUCAUCCACGCCCUGAAGCUCAGCCAGGAGGUCAGCAGCCCCUGCUGUGUCCCGGACAAGCUCUUCUCCAUCAACCUGCUCUACUUUGAUGAUGACGAGAACGUGGUGCUGAAGCAGUACGAUGGCAUGGUGGCAGGUAGCUGCGGCUGCCACUGA